AUGGCACACUCCAAACGCAACACCUCCCUCCCCCAUUUUACAUCCUACGAACGUUCCCUCUUACGCUCAAACUGGGGUACUCAACGCACCCGCCUCUCACGCGAAUCCUUCCUACCUUUCGGGUCUUGUCAACUCUGCCUCCAACCCGCGCGAGAACCCGUCGUCGCCUGCGCACACAAUGGGGAUUUAUUCUGCCGCGAAUGCGCGAUUAGCGAUCUAUUGGCGCAACGGAAAGAGAUCAAAAGGAUGGAACGGGAAAGAGAAGAAGAUAUGCGACGAGGUGCGGAGGAGGAAGCUAAGAUGAUGCAGGAAGCGAGAGAGAGGGAGUUGAAGGAAUUUGAAUUGGUUAGUAUGGGACUUGAGGGGGCGAGUCAAAAUUCGGGGAAUAAUAAGAAGAGGAAAGCGCCGACUAUGAUGGAUGGGAAAGAGGAUACAGGUUGUAGCACAACGGCAAGGAUCGAUAAGGUGACGGAAGAGUUUCGACAGAGAGAAGUUGAGGUUAAUGGCAAGCGGAGGAAGGUGUUUGAAUUGAGUGAAGCGGAGAUUUCGCGGUAUGCGAAGACGGAGCUUGAGAGGCUCAAGAAGAAGAUUGAGCAGGAAAAGGCAGAAGCAAAAUCAGCUCUACCGUCAUUCUGGAUCCCCUCCGAAACACCAGGUACAGAGAAUCAAGCGAGCAAAAAUCUGAAAUUAUCGCCUAUAUGUCCCGGGUCCACGAAAGAGAAUCGACAUGAAUACUCGCUCAAGACAUUGGUUGAUGUAAAUUUUACAGAGGAGAAGACAGAAUUAGCUGGGGGGACUACGACACGGAUAUGUCCAAGCUGUAAGAAGAGUUUGACGAAUGGGCUGAAGGCUAUGCUCACAAAACCCUGCGGACAUGUAAUUUGUCAACCAUGCGUAACCAAAUUCAUGACUCCAGAGACAACAAUCGAUCCCCACAGAACAGACCAAGAGGAUGCAGCUAUCGGACGUAUGCUAUGCUACGUCUGCGAGACGGAUAUCACGCCUAUCAAUAAACAUUCAAAAUCAUCCAAGGAGAAACACAAAGAAGGGAAAAGCGGGAAAAUUAAACCUGGUCUGGUGGAGAUUAAAUCUGAAGGGACUGGCUUUGCGGGUGGAGGGGAUAAUAUGGCUAAGAAGCAGGGUGUUGCUUUUCAGUGUUGA